GUAGUCGGUCAAGAUCUCACAACCGUCGAAAUGGCAGAGGAACGAUGCCAUGCCCACAACAUACCAUUCGUACGGAUAAGCCCGAAGGGCAUCAAUGUACGUAUCGACCAAAUUGACGACGGGAAACUUAUGGAUAUGAUCUGGACCACACAGCUAUGGCUGGUGAACAACCUACGCGAAGUUGACAAACUCGGUGAGCUACUAUACAAAUUGCUUUCGGAUCCCGAUGAAGGAAAACGACGAAGCAAUACUAUCCUAUAG